AUGGAUGCGCAAAUGAUUGCGCAAAUGUGGGAAUAUGCCGGUGAAUUAUUUACUUGGGGUUGGCAAAUUGGCGGCAACGAUGGAGCCAUUGACGAAGGUGGUGGUAAUGGAGGUGAAGGGGAUCUGAUACUCGCGGCACCGGAAUUUGAAGAUCCCGUCAUAUGUCCAUUAGAUCGAUAA